AUGGCGACUCACAAUAUUGUUGUUUUUGGGGGUGAUCACUGCGGUCCGGAGGUUGUUGCCGAGGCUGUCAAGGUCCUCAAGGCGAUUGAGACAAAUGUGCCGAGCGCGGGCAAGUUUAACUUGCAGGAGCACUUGUUGGGUGGUGCCUCCAUCACCGCCCACAACAGCGCCCUGACCGACGAAGCCCUCGCCGCCGCCAAGGCCGCCGAUGCCAUCCUCCUCGGCGCCAUCGGUGGUCCCGAAUGGGGCCCUUCCUCCCCCGUCCGUCCCGAAGAGGGUAUCCUCAAGCUCCGCAAGGAGCUCGGCACCUACGGCAACCUCCGCCCAUGCAACUUCGCCUCCGAGUCCCUCGUCGAUUCCUCCCCUCUCAAAGCCGAGGUCUGCCGCGGCACUGACUUCAUCGUCGUCCGUGAGUUGACCGGCGGUAUCUACUUUGGUGACCGCAAGGAGGACGACGGUUCCGGUUUCGCCAUGGACACCGAGCCCUACUCCCGCCCCGAGAUUGAGCGCAUCGCCCGUCUGGCUGGUUUCUUGGCUCUGGGCCAGAACCCCCCGGCCAAGGUCUGGAGUUUGGACAAGGCCAACGUUUUGGCCACGAGCAGACUGUGGAGAAAGGUUGUGACGGAGGUGUUUGAGAAGGAGUUCCCUCAGCUGUCGGUGAACCACCAGCUGAUUGACUCUGCGGCUAUGUUGAUGGUCAAGAACCCGAGGGCGCUGAACGGUGUGGUGAUCACCAGCAACUUGUUUGGUGAUAUUAUUAGCGAUGAGGCGUCGGUUAUUCCGGGGUCGAUUGGGCUUUUGCCUAGUGCUUCGUUGGGUGGUAUUCCUGAUGGGAAGGGCAAGUGCAAUGGUAUUUAUGAGCCUAUUCACGGCUCUGCUCCCGACAUCUCUGGCAAGGGCAUUGUCAACCCCGUUGGCACCAUCCUCUCCGUUGCCAUGAUGCUCAAGUACUCUCUCAACCUGCCCAAGGAGGCUGCUGCUGUUGAGGCUGCUGUUAAGCUGGCUAUCGACAACGGUGUCCGCACCAAGGAUCUGGGUGGCUCGGCUAGCACAACUGACAUGGGUGAUGCCGUUGUUGCUGAGCUCGUCAAACUCCUCAAGGCUUAG